GGAAAAUGGACGGACUGUAGUAAGAAACGAUUUCAGGUCUUUGGACCUUCGGACAGCCUAUGUUGGUCAACGGAUUUAUGCGAACGCAGUAUUAGUGAUUAGAUCUGGGAAAAAAGCACGUUUUGUGUUUAAAUUCUAUCGUUGUUACAUAAUUUUCAACGCACGUUUAUGAAAAUGUUGGAGGUUGAGCAUCAGGCUUGUUACAACUUAUCACCAAGAAGACCAUCCAGUCUAAUGUUAGAUCGGGUACUUGCUGCAUUGCCCUCGUUGGACAUGGACCCGAUAAUAGAAGAUAUGGAAUUGAGAAACAGUGAAAGUUCUAUGAACCGCCGUCCAUCCAGAAACAAGAAGAAGCGUCGAAAGGAGGAUGAACCAGCUAAAAAAUUCAAUGAUCUUUACACCUCGACUGGGGAAAAGCUGGGAAGUGGUGCUUAUGCAUCUGUAAACACCUACCGCAAAAAUACAACUCAGAAACAGUAUGCAGUAAAGGUUAUUGAAAAAGACUUUGGAAGAUCAAGAAAGAAAGUAUUUAAAGAGAUUGAAAUUUUUCACCUGUGCCAAAAUGAAGAGAAUAUUUUACGACUGCAUGAGUACUUCGAGGAGGAAGAAAGGUUUUAUUUGGUGUUUGAUUUGAUGCAAGGAGGAACACUUUUGAACAACAUUGAGAGGAGGGGCCAUGUGACAGAGUUUGAAGCAAGUCUGGUUAUUCGGGAUAUUGCCAAAGCUCUUCAUUUCCUCCAUAAGAAGGGAAUUGCCCACAGAGACCUAAAACCAGAGAACAUUUUAUGUGAGAAGAAUGAUGAGGUUGUUCCCAUCCGCAUUUGCGACUUUGAUCUUGCCAGUGGUGUGCCUAUCAAUAGUCAGAAUGAUAACUGCACCACUCCUGAACUCCUGACACCUGUAGGCUCAGCUGAAUACAUGGCACCUGAGGUUGUGGAUGCUUGGGUUGGAGAAUCCUUUUCCUAUGACAAGAAAUGUGAUCUUUGGAGUCUAGGAACAAUUUUAUACAUCAUGCUGUGUGGGUACCCUCCUUUUUAUGGACAGUGUGGAGAGGAUUGUGGAUGGGAAAGAGGUGAAGCCUGUCAGUCUUGCCAGGAAAAUCUUUUCACACGAAUUCAAGAUGGCAUAUUUGAAUUUCCUGAGAAUGAGUGGAGUGAGAUAUCAGAGGAAGCCAAAGAUUUAGUCAGAAAGCUACUGGUCAGGGACCCACGUAAAAGGUUGUCUGCAAAGGAAGUCCUAAAGCACCCCUGGGUGACAUCUCCUCCCCCUCCCACUCCACUUGCCACUCCAAGGAUCCUUACAAGAAAUAAUAGUACAAAAGAUCUGGAAUGUUUUGCUGGAGAAGCAGUCUCUAUCAACAGAAUGAUGCAACAGCAUCUACACAUCAACGAGACACCAUCUUUUUUCAUCGGCCAUAGAUCACAUGGUGGUGAAGACAGUCAGGAAGAUGAGGAUGAGUCUGAUGGUAGUCUUUACAAUGGAGGCUCUAUGGAAGUCCCCAGUAUCAAACUUUCACCUCCUUGUUCAGGUCUAGCUAGGCGUAGGGGAAACUUUUCCGAGGACAAUUCUGACAUCAGUAGUGAUAGUGGACUGUCUCUGCCAAGUUCACAUUCAUCAAACUAUGCUAUCAGUACAUAGUACUGGACUGAUGAAAGAACCAAGACUUUCUCAAGUGUGAAAGUGUUGUGGAUCAGAAGAGUGGUUAUGUUUGAUGAGAGAGAGUGUAUGCUCAUAAAAAGAUUAGCUAGUGUAAUUGAGAUUACUAUCAGGGAUUUUAUGUUAUGUCAAAAAAAGUGUAUUUCUCUGUCUUAACAAACAUGAGAAAAAAGUUUGACUGAUAUUCUUCAUACAAAAAACAGUUUAAAGGAAGAAAAAAUCCAUUGUCUUUCAGAUAGAUGAUUUAGGGAUAUUUGUGAUGAUCUUAUAUUUCCAUGAAACUCAAGGGGCAGUAUUUAAGUGCUAACACAGCAAUUACUGCUAAAAAGCUGAUUAAUCCAAGAUAAAGAGUUGUGAUUUUAUGUACUCUAGUUAAGCCCAUGUGUCUUUUUAUGUUUGUAGUUUAAUAAUUUGUUUUCACCUUUUUUUGUAAUUUUACAUGUUAUUUUAGUAUAAAUGUUUUUAUGUACUGUCUUGAGGUUGGGGUGGGAGUUGAAUUUUGGGGGAAAAUUGUUAUGUUUUGGCAUUAUCCACAAUUGUGAAACAUGAAGAACUUCAUUUGAAGGGAGCCAAAUUUUAUUGUGUUCAACAUUUGUGGAGUCGCUACUUAGAAAUUUAUCUUGUCUCAUGAGAUUGUCACCUGCUAACUAACCAAGCCAGCCAUGGCUGGAUAGUAUAAAAAUCAUCUGUUAUAUACCCUUUCGUCAAAUAUUACCUCUAUUACUGUUUGAGUUGCCUGCUAGUCGUAUCACAUUUUGUCGUAUGGUAACUGAUUUGUACUUUUGAAGAAAAAAAUAAACAUUCCAUUUCAAAUUAAUUUUCAGUGUUCUAUAAAAUGGUCAUUUCAUUGAAUGGAUUGGAGGCCCUUCUAUUUCAUGAUUCCAAUAAGUGUUUUGAAAAUUUGAUCAGCAUCCUGUUUUGGAUUUUAAUUUUAAUUUGGUAUAAAGUGAAACUUGUGCUCAUAUAAGGAACUAAAACUUGAUGUAAAAAAUAUUUCAUUUUAAUAAAGGCAAAAUUAGGACACCAAUACUUGAUAUAGUUGUAUAACAUUUAGAUAGUUUUGCUCAAAAGAGAAAGAAAAAUUGUUUUAAGAAAUUCAUAACCCUUAGACACUAUAUAAUAUAAUUUCAUUUUACGUUUGAUAUAUGGGAAUUAUGUGUUGUGUAUGUGCGUUUUUUUGUAGCAGAACACAAGUGCCAUUCCAUUUCAUUCUUAAUAACAUCAGACUUUAAAGGUGCAUGGAAAAUAUAUAUACACUUAUAUAUAUAUAUAUAUAUAGAAAAUACUAUAUUCUUGUAUUUUUGUUUGAAAUAUUGUUGGAAAAAAUUCUGUGCUUUAAAGUUACAAAUGUUAUUCCAACUCUGUUGAAAUGAAUAAUUGUUUCUCUACUAGUUACAGAUUUCAUAUGCAAUGUAGAUGCUCAUCUUUGAGUUCAACUUGCUUAUUAAGCAAUGUCAGUUAAUAAUGUGUUCACAGUUUUGCAAUGGCAGCCGAUCAAGAAAUUAGAAAUACUGCAAUCUUUAAAAUAUAUCAUUUCAUGCUACAGUAAAUGUCUUUGAAUUUUUUUAAUGUCAGUUUUCAAAAUAAAAUUUAUCUUAAAAUUUUGAACAAAUCUUUGCUGAAUUGUAAAUAUGUUUUAGGUUUUGAAAUAAUGAAUUUUUAUAUUUGAAAAUUUAUUUUCUUACCAAGGUUUCAAUAUAUAUUUACUUUUAACAUCUUCGUUCAAAUACAAAGGCAUUUACUAUAGACUCACUCAAACAGCAGUUUUGAUUUGUUUUCAACCAAAUCAUUUACUUUUCCACUCAUAGUGGUUUAUACAAUGUCAUUCAUUCCAAGGAAACCUAAAUACCAUAACAAACAACCUCAUCAUAUCGUUCAGACAUUCAUAUCUGUGUACAUGUGUUCAUGUAAGAUUGUGACAUGGAGACAAUGUGAUAUUACUGGCAAUAAGAGUUGUAUCCAGGCUUUAAACAUAGCUAUGGUUGCAGCAUUUGUGCUAGACUGUUACUGCGAAUUCAUGACCAAAUCUCAAGUGUGAGAGUGAUGUUGUACUGGACUACUGUACAUAGUGUACAUACAUGUAUAUAGACUUGACAUUUUGGUCCCGAAAAAUGGCAUGUAAAAAGGAAAAUCUUGCUUUCAUAUGUAUAUAUAUUCAGUGAUCUCAAAACAAAAAUAAAACAAAAAAAAAGUAAACAAAAAUGACAAAUAUAGUGUACAGCAUAUCAAAGUUCUGUGAGCUAUCUGUUGACUACAUACAUGUACAUUAUUGUCGUGUGGCUUGUAUGAAAGAAAUGCUCUUAAGAUCAUUGUAAAAAUAUUGGUUCAGAUUUCAUUUUAUUCUAAAAUUGAAGAUCUAUUGGUAAGAUAUUAGAUUUGAAAUCAGAGAUUUUUUUUAGUUUUGAUAUUUGCAAAAGAAGUUAUUCAUAUCAAAAGUAAUUUUUGUAAAUGGAGCAAAAUGUUAACCUAUUUGGAGUGACUUUUCAAAAAAGAUCAUUUCUAAGUAUAUGUUUAUACAUACUAUGAUUGAUGUCUUGUGUUGAUAAUUUCUCACAUUGGCAUGGUCUAUGAAACAUGCCAAAUACUACAUUGUUUAGAAAGUAUUGGUAUUAAUAUGUAAGAUAAGUGUGAAAUGGUUGGAUUGCAAAGACAACUCAAUUUUGGACACAAAGUGUCGGGGAAAAAACUUUAUUAAAUUAAGCAUAAACAUAAUACAUAUUUCGGAAGGGUCAUAGCCAAUUUCAAAUUUCUGUUUUGGCAGCUUCAUCUCUAUAAAGCUUAACUAUUGGUUAUAUCUGGUUUUAAUUGUACAAGGAAAGUACUUUACUUCCAUUUUUGCAUUUCAUUGAAUCAGCAAUCGUACAGUGUUGCAUGGGAUAUACUUAAAGACUUGAUGUUUAGGUUAAAAGUUACCAUGCUGGAAGGUAGAUUUCCUGUGAUAUUAUAUGAUGUGUUCAGCUGUGAUUAUUGAAGGUCGUGUAGACUCAAGUAUUUGACUGUUAAAUCAUUAUUACAAAAUCAGUUUUCAAUUGAUUCCUGAAUUUGAAAUUAUUUGUUAUAAGAAAUUCAAUUUUUUAUUCAUUGAAAAAUUCGAACAUUUUUUCUGUUAACUUGUGCUGAUUGAAACAUUCAUUUUUAUAAUUCAAUCAAUCAGUGUUCAAAUUCUAUCAAGUGACAGUUUAGGAACAGUCAUUACAUAUCAGAUAGUAUUAGUUUUCUAACAUGUUCUUGUAUUUUUCUUGUUGGUGCAAAUGAAGCUAUUGCGAUACAUUCAACCAAAUCUUCAAAGCAAAUUGCUUUUCAUAAUUGGAUUGUGUGAAAUUAAAUUGACAAGUUACAAAGUAUAGUAACAAAAUGAGAGUCGAUAGCAAGUAUUUGUUAUUCUUAUGCUAUCAGGUUUGGCAACUCAACAGAAUUAGGAAUCUUAAAAAGGGUGAUUUUUGAUAAGGUACCAAAUGUAGUGACAAAGCAUUUGAUUAACUUGUGAAAAAUUGUUUUUAUCGAUGCAUUGAGAAAUAAAGUACUUUGAAUUCUA